AUGGAGAGCACCUCGGCCGACACUCACACGCUGCCCCCCGUCCCCGGCAUUCCCGGCCUUCUGCCCCAGCGCCCCCCCCGUUGGGCGCGCGACUAUCUUUUCGAUGUCUGCCGCGAAUUGGGAAUCACGCGAAUCUUCGGCGUUCCCGGGGUCAAUGAAAUCCCUUGGAUCGACGGCACCUCCUAUCCCGAGAACGGCGUCGAAUAUGUCGAAUGCCUCCACGAGAACAUCGCCAUGGGCGCGGCCAUGGGCUCGGCCCGCAUGACCGGCAAGCCCGCCAUCCUGAUCGUCCACGUCACCCCUGGCAUCGCCCACGCCAUCACCAACCUGUUCAACGCGUCGCGCUCGCAGUUCCCGCUGAUCAUCCUGUGCGCCCAGCAGCAGAACGCGCUGGUGGUGCAGGAGCCUUUGCUGUCGUCCGACACCGUCCCCCUCGCCCGCAACUACUGCAAAUGGGCCCAUGAGAUGAAGUCCGAGGACGAUAUGAAGCUGGUGCUGCAGCGCGCCUUCAAAGAAGGCGAUGGCCCCGCCGAACAGCGCCGUGUUCCUCUCCGUGCCGUGAGAAUUCACCAUGCGCCGGAUUCCCGAAGGCGAUCGCUUCAGGGCAUUACCCGAAUUUCGCCCCAUUUCGGACCCGAUCCGGAAAGCUUGCGCAUCCUCGCCAGCCGGUUAGCGGCGGCGAAGAAUCCCCUGAUCGUCGCCGGCGACGCGGUCGGACUGGCCGAUGCCUGGGCGGAACUUCGCGAUCUCGCUCACGCCACCGGCGCGCCGGUCCUGCCGGCAUGCAGUCGGCAUUCGAAAGGCCACGAUGUCGCUUUUCUGUGCGGCUUCUCCAACCAGGCCCAGGUGCUGAUCUACAAACCGCCCGACGGCCCGCUGAUCCCCGACUCGGUCAGCAAGCUCUAUCUUAGCAACUGCAUCUGGGACAUCGGCAAGAACUAUUACGGUGAUGCCGCUGUGUUCGCCGACAUCAAGGUCGCCCUGCCGCAGAUCACCGCCCAGGUGAGGGAGAUGGUCGUCCAAUCACUCGUCACACAGCGCAACGAUACACUGGCCCGCCGGGCCGUCGAACGGCGGGAGCAUUGGGAGCGGUAUCUGGACCGGGCGAUGGUUCAGGACAAUGUGUGGGCGGUGGUGAUCGCCGACGCACUGCGCCAGCAGAUCAAGCAGCAUAAGCUUGAGCGCGAUUUCGUUUACGUCCACGAGGCCAUUUCUGAUCCCUCUCCCUUCCAGUAUCUACUGCCCUACGCCGCACCGACCAGCUACUAUUGCGUCGGCGGCGGCUCGCUCGGUUGGCCUGGUGGACGGCGGCGCACCGCAAUCUGGGAAUCCUCUAUUACCAACAACUCCGAAUACCACACGCUGCAGGUGGGACUCGGGACUAUCGUCCAGGUCUAUGGCGAGGCGAUGGGCUACGACUGGAAGCCGCGCACUAUGGACCCCGGCUAUCUCACCAUCCGUGGCCCCCAGCCCGACUUCGUCGGAAUCGCCAAGGCUAUGGCCGGCAUCGAGGGCAAACACAUCGAGCGCCCGCACGAGGUCAACUGGGCCGUGGGCGAGGCCGUCCGCUAUGUACUGGAGACCGGCAAAUCCUUCGUACUGGAAAUCAAGACGGUGGGGCUGAGCAGCCAGCAGCAGCCGCCCGACACUAACGAUGACCGCGCCAUCAUCACCCCGUCGCUCUGGACCCAGCCGCAUCUAGACUGGGUCCAUUCCGGCCCGGAGGCCCCGAACUCCGCCCGCCGGCCGGGCGAUACGGCGCUGAUCUGCUAG